AUGGAAGUAGCUCGCGGACUCAGCUCCAAGGCCACGGCCACGACAAACUCGAGCAUCCCGUCCGACGUGCACCUGCUGCCCGACGGAUCGCUCGACUUCACCGCCUGGAACAACAUCACCAGCGCCGCGUGCCAGGCGCGCCUCAGCCAAAUCAUCCGAACGUCGAACCCUUCCGGCGACUGCAUCUGCUACAACUUGCCGAUGCUCAACGUCAACACCGGCAUGUUUGAGGCGGAUCUGCGGCUGUACCGCGUGUCUGAUCCGAGGGAUGCCUUUGUCGGUGUGCCGCCCAGCGGGAUCCAGGUUGGCGUUUCGUACAAGGGCGCCAGCGUGAGUCCCAUGAAGCCGGUGACUUCGGGAUCGAGUUCGCCGGCCGUCAAUAUCACGAAGCGGUCUGAUGGGUCUUCUACGCCGACUCUGCUGCAGUCAUACAUGCUUGUUGGACAAAUCGACAAGGACCAGAUGCAGAAUAACUUGUCAAUUGCCGCUCUCCAAGCUCUCGUCAUGCCCACCCUCACUCUCUCCGCAGUCACCUCCUCCGGCUCCCAGAUCAGUUCAAACGUCUCUCUCAACGAAGCGUCUUUCCUCGUCGGCGUCUUCUCCAACGACGUCGUCCUAUCCGAUUUUGCCGCAGCUCAAAAGGCCGUUGCAGUCCAACAAGCUGCUCUGAAGAAUGGCACCGUAGCCUUCAUCCUGCCAGGAGUGAACAUCUUGAUUUUCCCCGUUGGACUGAUUAUUACUUCCAUCUGGCUUGUUAUUGGAUUGGCUGCCUAUGGUUUCGGCACUUAUCAGCGAAUUCAAUAUGCGACACAGUAUAGGCGAAGGGCCGUGCAUGCGUCAAAGGGUGACAGUGCCUACCGCACUCUUUAA